AUGUCCUCCAGCUCAGAGAAAUGCCCCGUCGACCACUCCUCUCUCUCUGCCUCGCCCGACAAAUGCCCUGUCGACCACAAGGCCCGCUCAUCGUGGUUUAGCUUCUUCUCUUCCUCCUCUGAUGCAGCGAGCACCCAUUCCUCAUCGCAUCCACCUUCACAUCCAAACGGGGCGCCCUCCGUCCUCCCUUUGGACCGCGAGGUGUCGUCCAUACCCCGCGUCGAUGGCGGGAACUGGGUGUACCCCUCCCAAGCACAGUUCUACGCAGCGAUGGCGCGCAAAAAGCACAACCCACAGGCGUCAGACAUGCAAGUCGUCGUCCCGAUCCAUAACGCCGUCAACGAGCGCGCGUGGGCGGAGGUCAUGAAGUGGGAGACGCAGCAGGGAGGAGACAAGUGUGGCGGCGUGAAGCUGGUCAGCUUCAAGGGCAGGCCAAAAGACUUGACGCCGCGCGCUCGGUGGCGGACUUUGCUCGGCUAUUCACCACCGUUCGACCGGCAUGAUUGGGUCGUUGACCGUUGCGGGACGCGCAUUCGCUACGUUAUCGAUUUUUACACCGGGCACAACGCCGGUUCGCCCAACAACCUUUCGUUCUACCUCGAUGCGAGACCUGCGCUCGACAACUGGGAUGGCGUCCGGAUGCGUGUGGAACGGUUCUGGGAGCGGUGGACAGGAAAGCUACGGGGCAGCCCCGCACCACCCAGCGGACAUGCUCAAUCGAGCACUUAG